ACACACACACACACACACACACACACACACACACACACACACACACACACACGGUACAACUGGGCCUGUCAGCCAGCCACAGCUGCUGUCCGUCUAACGAUGAGAGGAAUAUAAGGAGCCUAUCCUACAUGCUAUCGACACGGAGAGGCAAUCGUGUAAAAUGGAGGGAGGAAAUUUUGGCUACUCCCGGGAUUAUCUUGACCGCUUCAUCCAAAGCCAAGACUCGUCUGUGGUGAACAAGUUCCAGCGGAAGUACUGGAAAACCAAACAGACGCUCAUCAAGGUCACCGGGAAGAAAGAGGACGAACAUGUGGUGGCAUCAGACGCAGAUCUGGACGCCAAGCUCGAGGUCUUCCACUCCAUCCAGAGAACGUGCAUGGAGCUGCUGAAGGUCAUCGAGCAGUACCAGAGGAGGAUCUGUUUUCUUUCCCAGGAGGAGAACGAACUGGGUCGCUUCCUGCGCUCUCAGGGCUCGCAGGAUAAAACCAGGGCUGGAAAGAUCAUGCAGGCCACAGGGAAAGCACUUUGCUUCUCCUCCCAGCAGAGACUGGCUCUGAGGAACCCUCUGUGCCGUUUGUACCAGGAGGUGGAAACCUUUCGCUAUCGAGCCAUCUCAGACACGUGGCUGACGGUGAAUCGAAUGGAGCAGUCGAGGACCGAGUACCGCGGCGCGCUGCUGUGGAUGAAGGAUGUGUCUCAGGAGCUGGAUCCAGAUACUCAUAAACAGAUGGAGAAAUUUCGCAAGGUUCAGGCCCAGGUGCGCACUACCAAAACAAGCUUUGACAAACUGAAGAAUGACGUCUGCCAGAAAGUGGACCUGCUGGGAGCCAGCCGCUGCAACCUCCUCUCUCACGUUUUAACCACAUACCAGACAACACUUUUGCACUUCUGGGAGAAGACAUCCCACACUAUGGCAGCCAUUCACGAGAGCUUCAAGGGCUGUCAGCAUUAUGAGUUCUCCACAAUUAAGACCUUACAAGACCCAGCGGACAAGCCGGCUAAGAAGAAGGGGAAGAAAAAAAGUAAAGCAGCAGCAGACGAUGGAAAGAAAGCUGAGACUGCAGAUGACCAACUCAUCUCACUAGUAAGUGAAAACCCCAGCGAUAAGACCAGAGAAGGAAGUGAAGAUCCUCUCUCAGCCUAUCCGGAGUUAGAGGGAGAGGAGAAGGACAGCAUGGCCUUACUCAAUGAGAUCCUGGGCAGUAUGUCUGUGGAUGAGGGCGACUUCUCUCGCGAGUGGACGGAAGUGUUUGGAGACACUGAGGAAGGAACGAGCGCAACGUCCGGUAGACCAGCGGAGGCCCAACAAAAGGAAAAUGCCUUCUUUCUGCCAUCUCAGCUGCUGGACCAGAGCUUGAACGAUCUGCAGUCUUCCCUCUCAGAUUGGGCCGGCAUCGCUCCACAGCCGGUUGCCCAGACAACAGAACCCUCAUCUGGAGCCAAUCAGAACCCUUCUAAGCCAGCAGCGAAAGACACAGCAGGGACGUCCAAAGACCUCUCAGCGUGGUUCAACCUGUUCGCUGACUUGGACCCUCUCUCCAAUCCCGAUGCAGUCGGCAAAACUGACACAGAGCACGAACUUCACAACGCAUAGUUCUUCCUAAGAGUCACAGGGAAUCUCUUUUCAAAAGUUUUUUUUUUUUUUUUUUUGGUGGGAACAGCUGCAUAUUGUUACCACUGACACCAGAUUAAAAAAAAAAAAAUCAGAGCUAGAGCUGAAACAAUUCACUGAUUAGUCGUUAAAAUGAAAAUCAAUCUGCAACUACUACAAUAACAGAUGAGUUAUUUCAGUCAUUUUUCAAGCAGAAAUGCAAAAUAGUUACAAAUACAAGACAAUGAUAGUAAACUGAAUAUCUCUGGCUUUUGACCCGUUGGUCUGUAUUUUCACUAAUCUUACAGACAAAACAGUAAUCAAGAAAAUAAUCAGCAGAUCAAUCAAUAAGGAAAAUAAUCAAUAGUUGCUGCCCUAUAACUGUGAUAAGACUUGUUUCAAAUUAUAAAAAGAUGCACUGAUAUCAAGAAAACAAAAAAGGCUGGUGUGUUGUAAUAAUAAAAUGCAUAAUAAUAAGAAGAAUGAGACAAAUACCUCGUUCUAAGAAAAUACAUUUCUGGGUUUUUUGUCUCAUGUGGGCAGCAAAACGCUGCCGUAGGCGUCCCACUAACAACCAUCAGCUCUUGUGUCCUUUCCACUGUGAAAGAAAAGAGACAUUUACAAGACAACCUAAUUAAGCCUGCUGGCAAUUUCACUGGGUUAAGCAUUUAAUGUUUAGCAUGGAUACCUCAGUAUGAGUUUGGAACAAUAAGCCUUUGACAUUAGCUGCCUUGGAAAUCUGUAGUCUCUCGUAGCAUUCAUGCUUUAUUUCUGAUUCUCGUUACUGAAGACUGCAAAACAGGCAAAAACUACCGCGUGAGAAACUAAAAGCAAAAAUGACAAAGAUCACGCUGCAAUAUUUCAUGUGUUUACAACAUACUCUAACACGCUGAGUGACGGAAAAGUUAACGCAGUCACAGACAAAUAUUCAAAAGUGUAUUUAUCUGCCAUCGGAUGAUUCAAUUGACAAAUUUACUGGCAACUCUUUAACAUCACGUUUCAAAGGGUGAACUGGAUACAUGGAGAAGUUGUUUCCUUGUUCAGGCAGUAAAGAGUUUUUCCUUUUGAAGAUUAAAGCUCUUAAAUUUGUUUGCUACAUGCUGUAUCUGUAAUCCCCUUUUGAAUAUAUUCCAUUAAGUGUGAUCACAGAAUUGUCAUUGAAUAAAAAUACACAUAUCACUAAUUUAUUAUUGCAUGUUGCAUGCCUCGAUUUAUGUUAUCAAGUAACAGUGUGAUUGGAUGAACAAUGUGUUUAUAUUAAUGUGGGAUUUUUCAUCAGUAUAUAUUUUAUCUUGUGGACACGUAUUUAGUUAUCAUUCACAGUUAUUGGGUUUCAUGGACAAUAUAUGCAGUUUUCAGUGUGUUUUCUUUUAACUGGAAGGUUUGAUAAUCAUGAAAAUACAAUCAUACUGAUUUUGACUACAAUGCUGCAUAAAUUGAUGUAUAUCAGAGUAAAUGCCUUAAUCUAAACACACGUCAACAAUAUCAAACCUCAUUAGAGAUAUUAUUGGAUUCCUUAUACAGUAUAUAACAACUGAGUGAAUUUAUUUUUGUUGUAAUGAAGCCUUGUGUCAUUUUUGAUGUCCAAGCCAUGAGACAUUUGUUAAUAUCUAAUCAUAACCAAAAUACAUUGAUUGCCUUACCUUGCCUCCUAUUUGUAUAUAAAUGCCAUGCUCCUGA